GGCCUGGGUGCCGGGAUGGCCCGGGGCGAGCGGCGGCGGCGCCCUGCGCCCGCAGAGGGACAGCGGACUGUGGAGAGGGUUUCUCGGGGCGGCCCCGGGCGCCAGGGCGGUGGGGCCCGUGGCACUGCGGGGGGAGCGGCGCUGGCUGUCGUGGUGCUGGCCCUGGCCCUGGCGCUGUCGGGGCGCUGGGUGCUAGCGUGGUACCGUGCGCGGCGCGCGGUGACGCUGCACUCGGCGCCCCCGGCGCUGCCCCCUGACUCCUCGGGCCCCGCCGCGGCCCCAGACCUCUUCUGGGGCACCUACCGGCCCCACGUCUACUUCGGCAUGAAGACGCGCAGCCCGAAGCCCCUCCUCACUGGACUGAUGUGGGCGCAGCAGGGCGCCACCCCAGGGACCCCUAGGCUCAGGCAUACGUGUGAACAGGGAGACGGCGUGGGUCCCUAUGGCUGGGAGUUCCACGACGGCCUCUCCUUCGGGCGGCAACACAUCCAAGAUGGGGCCUUAUGGCUCACCACUGAGUUCGUCAAGAGGCCUGGGGGUCAGCAUGGAGGGGACUGGAGCUGGAGAGUGACAGUAGAGCCUCAGGCUUCAGGUACCUCUUUCCUCCCUUUGGUCUCCCUAUUCUUCUAUGUGGUGACAGAUGGCCAGGAAGUCCUACGACCAGAGGUUGAAACUAAGGGACAGUUGAAGUUUAUCAGUGGGCAUACUAAUGAACUCGGUGACUUCCGUCUCACACUUUUGCCACCAACUAGUCCAGGGGGCGCUGCCCCCAAGUAUGGCAGCUACAAUGUCUUCUGGUCCUCUAAUCCAGGACUGCCCCUGCUGACAGACAUGGUAAAGAGUCGUCUAAACAGUUGGUUUCAGCACCGGCCCCCAGGAGCCUCUCCUGAACGCUACCUUGGUUUGCCUGGAUCUCUAAAGUGGGAAGAGAGAGGCCCAAGUGGGCACGGGCAGUUUUUGAUACAGCAGGUGACUCUGAAAGUUCCCUUCUCUGUGGAGUUUGUCUUCGAAUCUGGCAGUGCCCAGGCAGGAGGGAACCGAGCCCUGGGGCAGCUAACAGGCAGCCUGCUGACCCAGGUUUUAGACAGCCAUGUUGAAGCCUUUAGAAAGCGCUUUGAGAAGACCUUCCAACUCAAAGAGAAGGGCCUGAGCCCUGGGGAACAGGUUUUGGGUCAGGUUGCCCUCAGCGGCCUCCUUGGUGGGAUUGGCUAUUUCUAUGGGCAGGGUCUUGUAUUGCCAGACACAGGGGUGGAAGGGUCUGAGCAGAAGGAGGACCCCAUCCUUUUCCCACCAGUCCCUCUUUUCUCUGGGGUGCCUUCCCGGUCUUUCUUUCCUCGAGGAUUCCUUUGGGAUGAAGGUUUUCACCAGCUAGUGGUCCAGAGAUGGGAUCCUCUCCUCACCCGGGAGGCUGUAGGCCACUGGCUGGGGCUGCUUAAUGCUGAUGGCUGGAUUGGGCGGGAGCAGAUACUGGGAGAUGAGGCACGAGCCCGGGUGCCCCCAGAAUUCCUAGUGCAACGAGCAGCCCAUGCCAAUCCCCCAACUCUGCUCUUGCCAGUAUGGCACAUGCUAGAAGGCGGUGAUCCUGCAGAUUUGGCCUUCCUCCGCAGAGCCUUCCCCCGCCUGCAUGCUUGGUUCUCCUGGCUCCAUCAAAGUCAGGCAGGGCCAGUGCCACUAUCUUAUCGUUGGCGGGGCCGGGACCCAGCCCUCCCCACCCUCCUGAACCCCAAGACCCUGCCCUCAGGGCUGGAUGACUACCCCCGGGCUUCACACCCUUCUGCAACAGAGCGCCACCUGGACCUGCGAUGCUGGGUGGCACUGGGUGCACGAGUGCUGUCACAGCUUGCGGAGCAGCUGGGGGAGGCUGAGGCCGCUGCAGAGCUGAGUCCACUGGCCGCCUCUCUGGAAGAACAGGAGACUCUGGACAAGCUGCACUGGGCUCAGGAGCUGGGGGUCUUUGCGGACUUUGGGAACCACACAAAGGCAGUACAGCUCAAGCCUAGGCCCCCUCAGGGACAGGUUCGGGUGGUUGGCCAGCCCCAACCUCGCUUGCAGUAUGUGGAUGCCUUGGGCUAUGUCUCUCUUUUUCCCUUUUUGCUCCGACUGCUGGACCCCAGCUCACCCCGCUUAGGGCCCCUGCUGAGUCUUCUAGCGGACAGCCGCCACCUCUGGAGCCCAUUUGGAUUGCGUUCACUUGCAGCCUCUAGCCCCUUUUACAACCAGCGCAAUUCUGAGCAUGAUCCUCCCUACUGGCGGGGUGCAGUUUGGCUAAAUAUCAACUACUUGGCCUUGGGGGCACUCCACUACUAUGGGCAUCUGGAGGGUCCUCACCAGGCCCAGGCUGCCAAGCUCCACAACGAGCUCCGUGCCAACGUGGUGAAGAAUGUGUGGCGGCAGUAUGAGGCUACAGGAUUCCUUUGGGAACAGUACAGUGACCAGGAUGGGCGGGGCAUGGGCUGCCGCCCUUUCCAGGGCUGGACCAGCCUUAUCUUAUUGAUCAUGGCUGAAGACUACUGAAGUGGGAUGGGAGGAAGGCCAGGCCACUUACGCCAUUCUGGACAGACAAGGUGUGUCUGGCACUGGUCAGAGUCCUUUACACCUUUCUAAGUUCAUCUCAGGUGUCUUCUGUCAUCCCACAAAGCCCUGGGAUGAAUGUGAACCCAGUCUAUUUUUCUAAAUAAAUUUGAAAGAACAUAA